UGUAUCUCGGCCAAAUAGUGUCCUAUCCUAACAAACAUACAUCAAUGGAAAGCAUAUUUAUUCAGCUUUCAGGUGACGUAGGUAUAAAUCUCAGAUGUAACCUAUGACUGAUUUUGUGGUCCAGGGUCACAAAUGAAAAACCGCAAACAUGAAAAAGAAAUUUUGAAUUAUAUUUCAUGUAUUUAAAUGCAAAUCAAAUGACAAAUAUAUACAACGGCGGCCUCGUCAGAUAAAUGAUAAAAGGCUAUCUCCUGAACGCCAAAGGUAGGCAAAGGUAGGCAAAGGUAAUCACAAAGGUAAUCACAUACAAGAUUUGCGAAAAAUGGCUAUUGUUAAAUCAUUUAGUAAACGUUAUGGGAUUGUGGUUAGAUUUAUCUCUAUAUUUAAAAAUAAUAGCCUUUAAACGAUUUUUUUUUACUGUUAACCCAUAACUCAGUAUUGUAAUUAUAAAGCUUAGGCCUAUAUGUAACUUUAAGAUUAUCACAUGCUAAAUCUUUAUUCUACAGUAUGGAAAUCCACAUCCACCACAUAAAGUGCUUCUGAAAAGCAGACUGAAAUCCGCCUCUCGUUUUGAACUUGAGUGUAGUAAAUAAAUUGUUUUGACCCACCGCAUGCAUGAAAACCAGAAGAGCAGUCUGUAACUCACUGUUUAUGUGCUUAAAGGGCUGUUGGGGCAAUUACAGUGUAUCAUAAAGGUUUACUAUUUUAGCACUUGAUCUCCUUUUCGAUACCUUGUUGCUUUUUGGUUUUAUAUAGGCUACGUGGCUCACAAGGCUUUGCGGCUAAGCGGCAAUGUCAGCGUUAACGAAGUCAGUGGUCGUAAACAUUAUGUUGUUCACGUGAAAUUCUGGUUUUAUUCGUUUAUAUUUUCAAAAACGACUGAUCGGGUUUAUGUAGAUUUGACUUUAAAAAAAUCUAGUAGCUUGAAAAAGAUAUGGGACACAAGGGUUACGUGCACACAGAGGGAGGAGUCAUCGGUGCUCGUAGCGAUUUAAUUGGCUGUUAGCUCACACUGAGUUGUAUAGUUAUCAGUAAUUAUAUUCAGCAUGUUUUGCACAAGAAAUGUCAUCCAGAAAGGGCAAUCUUCUUCCACCGUCAAAUUAUACCACAAAGAUGUCAUGCUCCGAUAGUCCAUCUGGAAAUUCGUUUCUGGUAGACUCCUUGAUCCACGGAAGGGCCGAGGGAAGUGGGCACUACUACCAAAACAGCGGAGUCUACUUGCAGCCGAGCUCCGAGUAUUCUUAUGGACUGUCUAACUGUGGCUAUUUUUCUGGACUCAAACGGAACGAGAGCAAUUCGCAAAAUGUAGUACCUACGUGUGGGCCAUAUCAAGGCAUGGAAACAUGGCUGGAGACGUCGAGGUCCUGUCGCAUUGAACAGCCUAACAACCAAAUUACCCCACGGUCGUUCUCGCCCACCAUAAAAGAGGAAAUCUCUUACUGCUUAUACGAGUCUGAGAAGUGUCCAAAAGACACCAUUACAGAGGACAUAUCGUACUCCCGGCUGACACCAAACUCAUGUCCAUCUAGCAACAAUAACGGCUGUGUUCCGGUACCUGGUUACUUCCGUCUAUCUCAGACAUGCAACACAUCUAAAGGGUUUCCAGACAACCAGUCUAUAUCGACUCAUGCCGCUGCUCAACGCUCUACCCGAUUUGACAGCUCUCUUUCAGCCAUAGGAGCAGAAGCGAGCAGGGAAGAGAACGACGAGCCUCCCACAUGCGCCCCGGCAAGAAACAAGGAGCUAAGGGGGUCCACUGGCACCGCUUCAUCUCCCGAACCGCCGGACAGUCCGGAGAAGGCGGUCACUGUUACAAAAGGAGAUUCCAAAAGUGACAAUACAGCAAACUGGCUGAUGGCGAAGAGUGGCCGUAAGAAGCGUUGCCCCUACACCAAACAUCAGACUCUAGAGCUGGAGAAAGAGUUCCUCUUCAACAUGUACUUGACACGAGAGCGUCGCCUCGAGAUCAGCCGCAGUGUGCACCUCACGGACAGACAAGUCAAAAUCUGGUUUCAGAACCGACGGAUGAAGCUGAAGAAGAUGAGUAGAGAAAACCGAAUCCGAGAGUUGUCGGCCAACUUCAGUUUUUCAUGAAGCCUCCUCGCUUUAUAGAUCUCUGGCGCCCUCCUCCAUCAGCUGCAGUGGUAGCCUACUUAACAACAAACCGUCUCCGUAGGUGUGUGUGCAUAUAUGACUUGUGCAAGAUACUAUUGAUAACUUAUUGUGUGUCGUAUACUGUUGACGUUUUUAUCUGUUUAUGUAUCAUUUUAUUUGACAACCCAGUCGUCAUAACAUGUCAUGGUUAUUUAUAAACUGUCAAGAGUACUUCAUUGUAAAAGCAAGACAGGAAAAUAUCGAAUGCUUAAGGUGUUCAUUGUACAUAGCAUUCAGACUAUAUUGUACAUUUAUUGUACUGUAUAUAACUGCGGUAUUUGCAUGUUGUAAUAAUAACUAUUAUGAAACCAUUUUUAAAUAAUAACGACACGUUUCUUCUAAGUACGACCUUGUCAGGUAUUUGCUGUUCUAGGCAUAAUUGGAAAAAUCUGGUUCUUAAAAUGUAGAAACUUCUAAACGUUACGGGACAUCUUGUAUUAUUUUAACAGCACUCAAAUGUACCAUCUUUUUGGAAACAUCUAGGAUAAAGAGAUGGUCUCAGAUGUAAAUUAAUUAUUCACACAUGGCAAAAAUAAAUAAAGGCAUGCACCUAAAAUCAUCAUAGCCUACUUUUAAAGACAAUUAUUGUAGUCCAAAACACUCUUGAUUUUCUGAGCUUUUUUAUAACGGGGAUUUUUGAGAAGCAAGGACUGUAACUUUGCUGACUGUAAAUUGAAAUGAUUUAGAUAAUUAGCUACACAGUCAGUAGUGGUCCCGUGAUAAGUCACACAAAAACUAUUACAAUCAUUCCUAUACCAAUUUUAUUCUUGUCUUUCGGGUUCUAUUUUAUAUUUAAUUUAAUUAAGGGAAUAUACCAUGAAAAGUCAUCCAUUUUUAUGGGACUGCAUUGGUUACAUCACAGCAGUGUGGGCAAAAACUCACAUUUUAUUGUAUUUGUUUGCUUGUGCAGAAAAUAAAUAGAUUAAAAAAUAUAUACGGCGUUGAUUUCUUAUCUUCGCAAGUAAGAAACAAAGACAACUGCUAAGUGAUUUAGGUAGUUUCAUGUUGUUGCGCUCUAUUUUACAUCCCCACGACACGAAACUGUCUUAAUUGCCUCGCAGUGAGAUUCAGCAAAACAACAAGACAAACAUGUUGCGGCGAAUUCUAAAAGUGUUUCCAGAAGUACAUUUUAUCUUGAAAAAAGACCAGAAAUUCUCAGCAACAUAUAUUUUAAGGACACGAUUCUAAUGCGUGAACUGCACGACUGAAGUGAAAUCUUCAGAGCUGUAUAAAAAGUAAAUGUUGGAGUGCAGGUGUAGUUAGCAAGGCCUCGGUUACGAUCAAUGCACUUUGGCCAAAGCCGCGUGCGCAUCUGAGACUGAGAGCACGCCCACACUGCCGGAUGCGUCUGCUGGGCCGGAGGAAAAAAAACACAAAGGCUUUAUUGGCCAUAUUCAGGCCAGACAGCCAAGUUACAACCCGAAGAAAAACAGAGUAAUAGCCCCUGUUAUAAACAAAGUCUGUUGAAGUGCCCAGAGAUCCACUCUUCCGAGGACAAGAUCACAGCAAUGCUCACUGACCAGAGGGAGAGAAAGCUCUGGUCGUCCAUGGUUGUUCUCUAUUGUUAAUGUUUUCAUGGCUAAGACUAAAAAAAUACCAGGAUUAAAUGUAUUUUCUAUUAAAACAGCCCUGUAUUUACUCAUGCUUUAUGUUACAAUUACGUUGCUGAUUUCCAAAUGUCAUGCAAGCUGUUUAUAUUCUGAAUAAAACAUGCCGAGCAACUCUAGUUUAGCCACUGCAAAUACAUUUACAAAUACAACAUUUGAAUUAUGAAGCAUACAGUCACUAUUUCACUGAAUGUGUGGGAUAUUGCAAAACAAAGCUUUUCUGUCCUGUAUCAACUUAUUCAAGAAUACUAACACUAGAAUAUCAUAAUAACCUUGUAAUAACAUUGUGAUUGUGACAUACUGUUGCUAUAAAAUCAUGUUUAUAAUCAUUAUUUUUUGUAG